GCCCAAUAAAAUGCGUCAAAAAUCCAUCUUUUCAACCAAUGAGAGGAUGCGAAUCAGCGACGAGCACCUCAUUUCUGCACCGAGGCAAGAGGCAUCCGCCGAUGAAGCCGACGCCCCGCGCAAAGUUUGGGUACAAUGCAAGGACAUUCAGCACAUCGAACAAGGACAGCGUGGCGAUAUCAUCCCUGAUCAACGCCGACAUAACGCUCAAAGUGCUCUACGAAGCACACGGCCAAGGCCUCGAGAAGGACGACAAGGCUAUCCUGUCCGCGACCCUCAGGACUGCGACGACUGUCGCAACAAAGCUCGAAGCCCUCUUAAUGAAAUACCAACGGCUGGUCGGAGAUGCUGGCAUUCCACGCAUCGGAGCCGACAUGAAGCGCCAUGCAGCCAAAUGCUCAUCAUGCGGCAAGAAAUUUGCACUCCUGUCGCGAGAAACCAAUUGUGCGACGUGCGGCUUUCUCUUUUGUGGCAAGUGCAUUUCCCACCGACAAGUACCGCGAUGUUUUGGCUACGACGACGUGGCCACCGUCAAGGUGUGCAACUUGUGCUGCGCAUGGUUCAGGGACUUCAUGAACGCCAAGUUUGAGGAGCACAUUCGACCGCAGGCGGACGACGCGCCCCCUGCGGCCGUCGCCCCCACAUCGUACCUCGCAUCUCUCAACAGUAUGCCGUUUGUGCUGUUCUGCAGCGAAGCGAAAUGCGUCUUUGCGUAGGCUUCCUUACCGCGGUCGACGUGGCCACCGAUGAAGGUCAUCUCCCCCAUGCCAUUAAGAACGAGAUCCUGGCGGCUGUCGGCCCGACCACACGCCUUGCGGUGACCACCGCCGGAAUCAUCAUGGGCAAGCUCAAGCACGUCCUCGCAUCCAUUGUCGCGCAUUAUGAGUACCACGACGAUAUGGAUUCGAACGAGAGUGACAGCAAUGACGGGCCGACGCCGCUUCAAUCGUCGCUACCGUCGCCAUCGGCUCCUCCAAUGCUGUCCUUGGCCGACGAGUGUACCUCCCGCAAAUCGACGCAACCUUUAUUGCGUUCCAGCAAGACCCAUCUCACUGAAAAGAAGUGCGGCGUGCCGGCUCAAGCGAUUCAGUCGAUCCUUUCGUUGAUGGUACUCCUCGAUGCAAUUCCUUCGCAUGAAGACAUGCCGAAUGUCGUGUCCCUGCUCAGCAGCAGCCAUGAUGGCGAUGACUUGAAUCCUUUGACCGCCGACAACAUCGCACAUGAAGCUGCCACGGAUGACGAAGGCGUCCAUCCCGAUCUCGAGGAUGAAGGCGCCAGGGAAAACCCACCGGACGGCGCUUCUACCACCAACGAAGCCGAUAGUCGGACAGCAAGCAGCAGCGACACAUCGCCAUCGAAGCAACAUAAACCUUCCCACGACGAAUUUGAUCCAACGCUCGAGGUCGAAGACAGAGGGCCAUCGUCCGAGGCAGCGGCCUCCGCGCAAACUACGUCCUACUACGUUACGCUCUUUCGCAAGGCUUCCGACCGGUAUCGACUCAACGUGCAUCCCCACCACGGCGUUAUCCGUGUGACAUCGAUCAUGCGAGGCACAAACUUCAGCUCCCGCUUUGCCGACUUCAACGUCCAGAGCAUCGUCAGCGAUGCGGUCCGGCUUUGCUUUGUGCAUCGGUCCGACGUUGUGUACCAAUUUGCGUCGGACGCGCUGAAAGACGAAUUUUGUGCGCUUGUCGAGGCAUACAAGCGCGCCCAUCCCCACGUGGUUCCGAGACGUCUGCCGCUCGUCCCGCUCCUCAAGGGCGAGCGCAAAAUGCACAUGUCUCGGUUCCCAGCGACGGCCGUGCUCGCCGGGGACUGCCACGUCCGAGGCAUUGUCAUGGUGACCAACUACCGGCUCCUGUUUUUGCCGCUGGAAGAAAAUUGCCCGGCACUGGUGGAAUUGCCGUUGUUUGCGAUUGUGUCCGUGCUGAGGGGCGUCGUCAACGGAUUCAACAAAGACCCGACGAAUCGUCUCCAAACGACGCUCGCCUUCACAUGCAAAGACGUUCGAGCAUUGCGGCUGGAUGUCGAUGAAGACCGAGUGGAGCACCUCCAUGCGCUUGUCCAUCGCCUCGCCGAGUGCACUCAACGCAACAAUCCCGUGCACUUCCUCACGACCCCCACCACGCCCGACGCGGUCGUCGACAUCCCCCACUUUGCCUUCUCGUACGCCAUGACAAACUUUCCCAUCGACGGCUGGCAGUUUGCCGCCAUCUCGCGCGAGUACGAUCGGCUCGGGCUGCGGGACAAUGCAGAGUUUCAGUGUAUCGACAACGAGAACGGCGACGUGUGUGACUCGUACCCGCCGACGCUCGUGUUGCCCGCUGCGCUGUCGCAGAGCAGCAUCGCUAGUGCCGCUGGGUUCCGUGCCAAGAACCGACUUCCCGUUGUCACGUGGAUCCACCCUGUACACAACUCUGUCCUCGCGCGGUCGUCGCAGCCGCUGCUCGGACGCAUCCUGAGCGGCACGUCGUGCAACAUGGACGAAAGCAUUGUCAAGUUUUACCGCAACUUGCCCGGCACGUCCAAGCCGUUCUACAUUUUUGACGCGCGCAAGUCGAAAGCGGCGACGGGGAAUCGCCUCAUGGGCAAAGGCGGCGUCGAAACGUCCGAAAACUACGACGGUGCCAUCAUUUAUCACUUGGACAUUGCGAACAUGUACAAGAUGCAGAGCUCGUACCUAGCGCUCGCCAAGAUAUGCAUCGUCCCCGAGUACGACAAAACGUGGUGGUCUGCUGUCGAGGCGACGCGAUGGUUUGAGCACUUGCAUUUGAUUCUGGACGGAGCGUCGCGCAUUGCACGGGUGCUCGAAGUCGAAGGCGCGUCGGCACUGGUUCACUGCAGCGACGGAUGGGACCGAACUUGUCAACUCGUGUGCCUCGCCCAGAUCAUGCUGGAUCCGUACUACCGCACGUUGCAUGGGUUUGCCACGCUUGUCGAGAAGGAUUGGUGCCUCUUUGGCCACAAGUUUAUGGAGCGUCUGGGCGGCAACCGCGGCAAAGACCCGAUGCGCGACAAGAUGUCGCCCGUGUUUUUUCAGUUUCUCGACGCCGUGUACCAAAUGGUGGCGCAGUUUCCCAACGCGUUCGAGUUCAACGAACACUGCUUACUCCACGUCGCCAACGCCCUCACGUCUGGUCUCUACGGCACGUUUGUCUACGACUCGUACCAGCACCGAAAACUCGCCAACGUCGAGGCUCGGACCGUGUCAGUGUGGACGCCGCUCUGCGCCGCGUCGUCGUUCUUUCUCAACCCAGACUACACCCCAGUCCACGGCCCGCUGUGGGUAUGGACCGGCCACCAAGCGCUCAAACUGUGGGCGAAUUAUUUUUUUCAGCACCACGAAAUUCAAGCCACACGUGUGACGAACGCCAAGUCGCCGGCAUUUACUGCCCUUGGACAGAACGACGUCGAGACAAUGGACCCACCGCUCGAGUAGAAGACGUGAUUGGGAAUGAAUUAUAUCGAGAGCGCGGCAUCGUUUGUUGGU